UAAACGAAACAAUGUUGUGUGGAAAUUCGGAACAAGUAGAAAACAACAGCGUAAUAGUUUCACAGAUUACGAAUCCUCAUACACCACAAGAUUUCACGGUCUCACGCUUAUUAUCGACGCCAACUAACUCCUUAGAAUGUAAUGAAAUUUCUACGGCACCUGCAUGUAGAAGACCCAGAAGAAGUAGGACAACAUUCUCGGCAGAACAAUUAGCCGCUUUGGAAAGGGUGUUCGAAAGGACGCAUUAUCCAGACGCUUUUGUUCGAGAAGAACUUGCAACACGUGUCUCUUUAUCGGAAGCCAGAGUACAGGUAUGGUUUCAAAAUAGACGCGCCAAGUUUCGUCGGAAUGAAAGAAGUUCUGCUAUUAAUCGAGGCAUCUCUACUAACAGAGAAGUAGAAACUACUUUACCUUUACGACCUAUCAGAAUAACGCAUACGCAGGAAAAUAAUUCGGAGAUUUUGCAAACCCCUCAAGUGACGCAAUAUCCCUAUAGCGAGUAUUGGAGAUCGUCGCAGCAUUACACAUCUAUGCAAACAUCUACUUGCCAUGGAUUUAUAAAUAGUAAUUUAGGAAAUGUUAAUCUUCCUCCGUAUCAUCAGACAGAAAUUCACGGAGGAUCCACGAUGAGCAAUUUAAAUGCAUUACGAUUUAGGACGCAUCCAUACGGAACUUCAUAUUCUCCCAUGCACGCAAGCAUGUAAUCUUUCUCUCUCUCUCUCUCUCUUAAUUUUAUUUUCUAAUUUGCGAAUUUCAAGCAUCAUCAAUUUAUAAAAUACCAAAGUUUUUACCAAUAUUAUAAUUGUAAGUUAAUAUAAAAAAAAUAUUGGGAAAUAUUAUUAUGCAAAAGGACCAAUAGAUUAAACACAAAUGCAUAAAAGUAGGAUUUAAGCAAUAAAAUACAGGGUAAUGAAAAUAACUCGAAAUGUUAUUUUGUAGAACUGAAAUAGUUAAUAAAUAAUAAAAAUCGUAAAUGUAUUAUCGCAUCUUAAUACAAGACAUCUAUACAGGAAAUAGUAUGUUAGUCUACAAAGUUAUUAUAUUAUGUAUAUUAAUCAUAGAAAAAAGGAAAAAAAUAUAUAUAUAUAUAUAUAAAUACGAAGAUCGCACAGUGGAAGAACGGGUUGUUUACUCGUUGCGGCAAGAAAUAUGUAAAAUUACAGUCGUAAAAUGAAUACGAUUAUUUGUUUAUAUGUAAUGUACGAAUAUUGGCACAAAAUUAGAAUAUAAAUUUUCUAAAUAUA